AUGAGUAAUAGUGCGGACGCUGAUAUCACCAAGAAGCCCAUACUUGCGGUGCCAGAGCCUGCACUAGCCGAUACCCACUCAGAAGAGAUAUCAAUCUCCAGAGAUGAACAUGAGUCACAGAACAACGAGCACUCAGACGAGGAAGGUGACGGUAAUGAUUCUGAAAGAGAGCAAUCUGUGUCAGCCGAGCCACUGGAUACAUUGCCGUUGAAAAAGAAGCUAAGAAAUCUUUCAUAUAUUACUUUUUUCACUAUAGGGAUAGGCCUUUUAUGGCCGUGGAACUGUAUCCUCAGUGCAUCGCAGUAUUUCAAGCAUGACAUUUUCAAGGACACGUCCAUUUGGGCAAAGAUCUUUACUAGUUCUAUGAUGUCGUUUUCUACAAUAUCGUCAAUGCUGUUCAACAUCUACUUGGCCAAGAGGCAGUACAAGUAUUCGAGAAGAGUCAUAAACGGCCUUGUGUGGGAGAUUAUCGUCUUUAUUAUCAUGUGUUUUUUUACAAUUUUGCAUUUCCUUUUGCCCAAAUGGUUCAAUUUCAUGUUUAUAAUGGGACUUGUGGUCAUCAGUUCCAUGGGAACGGCCAUGACGCAGAACGGUAUCAUGGCCAUAGCCAAUGUCUUCGGUUCCGAGUACAGUCAAGGUGUCAUGGUGGGGCAAGCUGUCGCUGGUGUUCUGCCCUCACUAGUGCUGUUCGCUCUAGCCUUCAUCGAAAACUCGUCUGUCUCUACCACGGGUGGGAUUCUCCUAUACUUCUUCACCACAACACUCGUGGUUACCAUUUGCGUGGUGAUGUUCAGUGUUAGCAAAAUCAGCAGGAAAGUGAACGAGAGUUGGAAUAUGGAAGACGGACACAUCACUGAUGUAUUGUUAGGGUCUCUGCGCUCUAACGAGGAGGAAAUCCGUAUUGUUGGACGCAUUGAUCAAAUGGACGAUGAAAACCACCACUACGCCAACGACACUCACGACGACAACGACGAAGGGGAGGAACUCCAACUAAAAGUGCCCUUCGAAGUGCUAUUUGCCAAGCUAAAGUACCUAGUCCUUUCCAUAUUCACCACAUUUGUCGUAACUCUUGUUUUUCCCGUAUUUGCAUCUGCCACCUACGUGACAGGACUUCCCUUGAGCAAUGCACAGUACAUCCCCCUCAUAUUCACGCUGUGGAACUUAGGUGACCUUUAUGGAAGAGUCAUUGCUGACUGGCCCAUGUUCCGUGACCAAAAAUUCACACCACGCAAAACCUUCAUUUACUCAUUGUUGCGAGUGGCCGCAAUACCUUUGUUCUUGAUGUUCACAGCCAUCACCUCCUCCUCAAGCGGUGAUGAGGAACACAAUGGCUCCGUAAUCGUUGAUCUGUGCUACAUGCUACUACAGUUCCUUUUCGGCGUGACUAAUGGGCACGUCAUCUCCAUGAGUUUUAUGAAGGUUCCAGAACAACUAGACAGCGACAACGAGAAGGAAGCAGCCGGUGGAUUCACCAAUAUUUUCGUUUCUACAGGUCUAGCUCUAGGCAGCAUCAUCAGCUAUGUCUUCGUCUUCAUAAUUGACGUUAUCAUUAGAUAG